AUGGCGCAUUUCUCGGUCGGGUGUCUUCUCGUCGCAGCGUUGCUGGCGCCGGUCAGGGGCGGCGUGACUUAUCCAGACUGCGCCAAUGGCCCCUUAAAGUCCAAUCUGGUAUGUAAUACGUCGGCGGCCCCCGAUGCGCGGGCGACAGCCCUUGUGGCGGCCAUGAGCAACAACGAUAAGCUGGCAAACCUGGUCAACAACUCGCCAGGAUUCCAGGGACUCGGCAUGGCGGCAUACCAGUGGUGGAACGAGGCUCUCCACGGCGUGGCCCACAACCGAGGAAACACGUGGGGCGGCCAGUUCAACGCCGCGACGCAGUUCCCGCAAGCGAUCACGAGCGGGGCGGCCUUUGAUGACGACCUGAUCGAGCAGAUAGGCACCGCCAUCAGCACCGAGGCGCGGGCAUGGGCGAACAACGGGCGCUCGCACCUAGACUUCUGGACGCCCAACAUCAACCCGUUCCGCGAUCCGAGAUGGGGCAGGGGCCACGAGACCCCCGGCGAGGACGCCUUCAGAAACAGGAAAUUCGGCGAGGCAUACGUCCGGGGCAUGCAGGGGACAGAGACGACGCACCGGGUGAUCGCGACGUGCAAGCACUACGCAGCGUACGACCUUGAGGUCUCGGGCAGCACCACCCGGUUCAACUUCGACGCCAAGGUGUCCCUCCAAGACCUGGCAGAGUACUACCUGCCGCCAUUCGAGGGCUGCGCUCGGGAUGCAAAGGCAGGGUCAAUCAUGUGCUCCUACAAUGCCGUUAACGGGGUGCCGGCCUGCGCGAACUCUUACCUCAUGGAAACGAUCCUGCGCAAGCACUGGAACUGGACCGACGAUAACCAGUACAUUGUGACCGACUGCGACGCCGUCUACUACCUCGGCAACGCAAAUGGCGGCCACCGCUACAAGUCCAGCUACGCGCAAGCCAUCGGCGCUGCGUUCGAGGCCGGCAGCGACAACAUCUGCUGGGCGAGCGGGGGCACGGCUCCGGACCCGGCAUCGGCGUUUAGCCAGAAGCAGUUCAGCCAGGCGACGCUUGACAAGAUGAUGGUCCGGCAAUACCAAGGACUGAUCAGGGCGGGGUACUUCGACGGGCCGAAUGGGAAGUACCGCAACCUCGGGGUCUCGAAUAUCAACACAGCCAGCUCCAAGGAUCUCGCGCUCCGGGCGGCCCAGGAGGGUAUCGUGCUGCUCAAGAACGACGGCGUGCUCCCGAUCGACGUGUCGGGCUCGAAGCCCUCCAUGGCCAUGAUCGGGUUCUGGGCCAACAAGGCGGACAAGAUGCUCGGUGGGUACAGCGGAGACCCGCCCUUCAACCACGACCCGGUCACGGCCGCGAAGCAGCUGGGCAUCACCGUCAACUACGUCGACGGGCCUCUUGCCCAGGGAUCCGCCGACACAUCACAGGCCGUAUCCGCCGCCCAGAAGUCAGACGUCAUCAUCUACUUUGGCGGGAUCGACAACACCGUCGAGAAGGAGAGCACCGACCGGACAUCGAUUUCCUGGCCGGGCGGGCAGCUAUCCAUGAUCCAGAAGCUGGCCGGGCUGGGCAAGCCUGUCAUCGUAGUCAAGCUAGGGACGCACGUCGACGACACGCCGCUGCUAAGCCUGCCCAACAUCAAGGCCAUCCUCUGGGCCGGGUACCCAGGCCAGGACGGUGGCACGGCAGUCAUGAACAUCAUCACGGGCGCGGCAGCGCCGGCGGGACGCCUGACGGCAACCAUGUACCCAACGGCGUAUGCCAACCAGGCGCCCAUGACCAACAUGAACCUGCGGCCGUCGGGCUCGUACCCGGGCCGCACCUACCGCUGGUACAAGGAUGCCGUGUUCCCGUUUGGGCACGGCCUCCACUACACCAACUUCACGGUAACCCCAGGCUCCUUCCCGGCGACCUUCUCCAUCCAGGACCUGCUCGCCUCGUGCAGCCAGACGACGUACCUCGACCUGUGCCCCUUCAAGCCCCUGCCCAUAACCGUGUCCAACACGGGGGCGCGCGCAUCCGACUACGUCGCGCUCGGGUUCGUCGCGGGGAGCUUUGGCCCGUCUCCCGCGCCGAUCAAGACGCUGGCCGCGUACAAGCGGGUGUCCAACGUGAGGGCGGGGGAAAGUCAGGAGGUGUCGCUGGCGUGGACUCUGGGAAACCUGGCGCGCGUGGACGCGGGCGGGAACAGGGUGCUGUAUCCCGGUACGUACGAGGUGCUGCUUGACCAGCCCACGGCGGCGAACGUCACGUUUACGCUUACGGGGACUGAGGCGACGCUGGAUAAGUGGCCGCAGCCGUCGUAGGAUGGAAGCCAUUGGUUGUACGUAAGCUAGGGUCAUGUUAAUGGGCGUCAGUGGGCGUGGAAUUGACUGUAUUGAAGCUGAAAUGGGGAGAAAUGGGGACAAA